AUCCAUCAUGACCGCAUGAAGGCGUGGAAGCUUUGAGCAGCUAUUCAAACUUGUUCAGUUCCCCAACAAAGCCCCCAGUCCAGGAAAAUCACAUAACAACUCCCACUGCCACGGCAGCACCACCAGAGUAAUCUAUCUUCCCGAUCAUGACUUCCGUCUCGACCUCGACUGUCCCCGGGCAGCACCCAGCAUUUCGGCACACCGUCACUGACUCCGAGUCCUCGACCUCCCUUUCUUCGCUCUCUUCGGUGGAUACCAACCAGGCCAAGCCUACACAUGGCCGUCUCCUUGAUACAUAUGGCAACGAGUUCACGCCCCCCGACUUCACCAUUAAGGACAUCCGCGAUGCCAUCCCAAAGCACUGCUUCGAGCGAUCCACCUUCAAGGGCUACAUUUACAUCCUCCGCGACAUGAUCUGCCUUGUCACCACCUUCACCAUCUUCCACAACUUCGUGACUCCUGAAUACAUUCCCUCCACGCCUGUACGAGCCCUACUCUGGGGCCUAUACACUACGCUCCAGGGUCUCUUUGGAACUGGUCUCUGGGUCAUUGCCCACGAAUGUGGCCAUCAAGCGUUCUCUGAGUCUCGCCUUGUCAAUGACGCGACGGGCUGGGUCCUUCACUCAGCUCUUCUCGUCCCAUACUUCAGUUGGCAGAUCUCUCAUGGCAAACACCAUAAGGCCACUGGAAAUAUGGAGCGUGACAUGGUCUUUGUUCCUCGCACUCGCGAGCAGCACGCCACCCGCAUUGGCCGCAUAGCCUACGAGCUCUCUGAACUGACUGAGGAGACCCCCGCUUACACCCUGCUUAGGCUGGUCAUGAAGCAGCUCGUCGGUUGGCCCAGCUACAUCCUCACUAACGUCACUGGUCACAACUACCAUGAAUGUCAGGGUGAGGGUCGCGGCAAGGGGAAGAAGAACGGCUUGGGGGGGGCCAAGCAAGCCAAGCUUAUCAUACUGAGUGAUAUAGGUAUCGGGAUCGCUAUUGCGGCUCUUGUAUAUUUUGGUAACACUUUCGGUUGGACCAACAUGCUUGUCUGGUAUGGCAUUCCUUAUCUCUGGGUCAACCAUUGGCUUGUUGCCAUCACUUUCCUCCAGCAUACUGAUCCGACGCUUCCUCACUAUACUGCGGACGAGUGGAAUUUUGUUCGUGGUGCUGCUGCUACGAUCGAUCGUGAGAUGGGCUUCAUCGGCCGACACUUGCUCCACGGUAUCAUCGAGACCCACGUCCUACACCAUUAUGUUAGCACCAUUCCCUUCUACAACGCCGACGAGGCCUCAAAAGCUAUCCGACCCGUCAUGGGCGACCACUAUCGCUCCGACACUAAGGAUGGCGUCUGGGGCUUCAUUCGCGCCUUGUGGAUUAGCGCCCGGAUGUGUCAGUGGGUUGAGCCUAGUGCUGAGGCCGAGGGAGCUAGCAAAGGUAUCCUCUUCUUCCGCAACCACAACGGUCUGGGUACCAAGCCUGUCGUUCUAAAGAAACCCGAGUAGUGUCCAGAUUCUCUACAAUGAUGAUGAUGUUCUGUGGUGUUGUAGCGUUGAUGGUUUUCUUUGGUCAUCGAACCGGUUAUGUUUAGUGAUGUACGUCUCGUCAUCUCGUCAUUGCAAAAGGUACUCCCUCGAUAGUGAAAGGAUGUGGAGAAGGGGUGCGCUAAGCCUCCAGCAUUGUACCUAGUGUUGUUUUGUAGAAAUACUGAGUGCUUAGUUGAUUAUGCUGUUGUGAUUUUACUACAGGAGUCGUCAAG